UGGUCUGUCGGGAAUUUUGAGUGGUUUGGACUGGAGAAAAAUACCUGCCCUGCCAGUAGCGUUAGCGAAGCUAACGGUGGAUAGCACUAGUGUAAACAUGGAGCUGUCUGCUGUCGGGGAGAGGGUGUUCGCUGCAGAGUCGAUCAUCAAACGGAGGAUCAGGAAGGUAGACGCGAGGUGUAACGUGCUCUGUUUCACCGACAAAUCUAACAAUGCACCACCUUGUGCUGUUGUUGCCCUGCAAGCUAACGAAGUCAUGUCUGUUUCUGAUGGCACGCAGGGUCGGAUUGAGUAUCUUGUGAAAUGGAAGGGGUGGUCUCCAAAAUACAGCACGUGGGAGCCAGAGGAGAAUAUUUUGGACUCACGCUUGUUUGUCGCUUUUGACCAAAGGGAGCGUGAAAGGGAGCUGUACGGGCCCAAAAAGAGAGGACCAAAGCCCAAGACAUUUCUGCUCAAGGCUCAAGCUAAAGUUAAAGCCAAGUCAUAUGAUUUUCGAGGUGAGGCAGUGCGAGGGAUGCACAUCACCUACCCAGCCACAGAGCCAGUUAUUACUCCCAGGGCCAGAGAAGGUCUAAGAGCAGUUGUUCCCACCAUCUUCCCGCCAAGUGCUGUCAACCGUGGAGAAAGCAUACGUUUCCAACAGCCAGAGCGGAGCAUCCGUGAGCACCGGCAGUCUGCGCUUCAGCAAACCGUUUCAGAUGGACUCAUUCACAUAACCAAAAAGAGAGGCCCAAAGCCUAAGCUUCGGUUUAAGGACAGCACCCCUGUCGUUUUUGAACCUCACAAGAGGAAAGCAGAGGAACAGAGCCACAGCCAUUACAAACUGGAUAAGCUCCAUGGGGAUGAAGGGAUGAGGCUGAUCAAAUUUUCCCAUAGACAUCCAGACAACCACGGUCACAGCCACAAACACCACCAUCUUCAACAAGCUCACAAUCGGGGUAUCUCAGAUGGAAGGUCCUUGAAGCAGCUCUACUUGGACCGCAGCCUGCACGCACACAGAACAGACAUGAAUACACACAGUACCAAGGACAGCUCCGGCUACCUAACUACAGCACACUUCAACCACCAUUCUAAAAUGAGCCACAGCCUGAGUUACCCUGCCGAAAAUCCACAGAUGGAAAAGCCUUACUUUCUGGACAGGCCAUCCCCCACCCGACUCGAUGAUGACUCGGAUGAGGUGACGUGGAGGCCAUCUCUCAGCAAUGCGGAAAAGGUCCUUGUGACAGAUGUUACCACCAACUUCCUGACCGUCACCAUCAAGGAGAGCAGCACUUCAAAAGGCUUCUUCACGGACAAAAGAUGAUUUAUUCACCUCGUUUUAUGUCUCUGAAGUUUAUAGUGUGAUUGCUAAGCAUUUUUUGUAUGUCAUGUAUAAAAACAGAUUACAUAAUGUGCAUAUGUGUACAUAUUAUAAAGUUGGACAUCUAUUUGAUGUAUUGACCAAAUCAAUUGAAGGUCAUUUAAUCGCAUGAGUUAACAUGAGUUUUCUUUGCAGCAAGCGGCUAUGUCGGGUACAGGGCUUGUAAAAUUUACUACAGUUCUAAUUAACUGAGGUGUAGUUUUGUUUCUACUGCUAGCUCAGACUAGUAAACAGUCAAAUAUCACUAAUAGAACCAGUUAAAAUGAGUCCUGCUCAGUUCAACAGGUCUUAUAUUUAAAAAAACAAUUACUUUAAGCACUUUGAAAUUAAAAGCAUUGCAAAAUGGUUUGUGUUUCAGCCAAGUCUGUUUUGGAGUUUGUAUGGCCUUUUAAUGUUUCUAAUUGUAAAUUAAAUUAAUAAACUCAACAGGAACUCUUCCCAAGCUGCAUAAUAAAAGUAUGUUUUUUUCCAUUAACGUCAUUCAUAAAGUUUUGAUGUAACAAUACCAAGAGUUAGUGUCAAACUGUCAGACGUUUUCAAUAAAUCAUUAGACGUUUCUCA